CCGAUCAUUAUGGGUGAUUAUGGGCAUGAAAGGUGCGCCAGAUGCGCUAAUUGCAACUUAAUUGUAAAUCAAUUUUAGAUGUUUUAGACUAAAAGAAAGAAAAUACGUAGUGACAGUAGAAAAAAUGGAAUAAGGGUUGAAAGAAAUUGAAGAUUCAACAUGUUCGGCGAAUGGAGAGUAUUUUUAUUGCUGCUUUGGAAAAAUUUUGUUGUUCGAAGGAGACAUUGGAUAGUCAGUUCCUUGCUGCAAAUUGGAAUUCCUUUACUUAUAGUUGGACUGAUACAAUUUUCUAGAGACAAUAUUGCUAAAAAUUCCUAUAGAUACCCCGACAUUGGUGGAAGCGAUCAGAAUAUUAAAGACCAAUAUUAUCCAGUAAAGACAAAAGAUGAUUUGCUUUUUCAAUAUAAAUAUUCAAGACCUCGUUAUUUAUAUUAUGCACCAAAAAAUAGUUUCACUGAAAAUUUAAUGAACCUCACUGCCAGCUGUUUAUCUUUUCCGACCUAUCCUACAUCAGAGCUACAAGGAUUUAAUUCAGAAAAAGAAUUACUACUUAAAUAUGCAGCUUUGUCAAUUAAUGAUACGUUCAUAAGUGCCCAAGGAAUUAUUUUUAAAAACUUGCAAAAUGAUCCAAAAGAAGUAAAACAUCUUCACUAUAAAAUACGACCGGAAUAUAUUAGCUCAGGAUAUGAUCCUUUGAGUACUUAUCGGAAUAUCGUACCGGAGCAAAUAUGUCUUGAUCAGUCAUUUCUGCAAAUAAAAAUGAAUCAACUCCUGAAAACCAAUAUUUCAGUGCAACAAAUGCCUUCACCAGGUCAUAAAGAUGAGAAAGAGGACAGAUUUUUUUAUAUUAAAAUGAUGUAUGCAAUUGCUGCAGUCGCGGCAUUUUCAAUUCAACUUAAUGUGGAAACAACUUAUCCGGCAAAUGAAAAAUCUUUGGGAGUUAAUGUUUUAAUGGCAAUGAACGGAGUGAAAAAUUAUCAAAAUUUAUUAAGUUGGCUAAUUAGUGGACUAUUAUUUAGUACACUUUACAUUAUUCCUCGUGUUAUAUUUCUCUGCGUAUGUUUUGUCUCCGACUGUCAACCAUUUUUGCAUUAUGGAAAUGCAAUUUUAGUGGCCCUUAUGCAUUUUCUCAAUUUAAUCCAUAUUUUAUGCUUUGGCUAUCAUAUUUCUUCGUAUUUUUCAAAAUCAAUUCUGAGAGCAUUGGCAAAAAAUUUCUUUUAUUAUGGAACAUAUGGCCUUCAAAUAUAUCUUACGUACCAAAAAAAUUUCACUCCAAUACCGUAUAUGGGAAUAUUGUUUCCAAAUGUGAUUUUGUUUCGACUCUACGAGGAAAUUUAUGUUUAUGAGAAAAAAUUGGAAGGACUGAAUUGGAGUAAUAUGUUUUUGGUUGGUGAUAUUAAUUAUCCUGCCGCUGGAAGCGUAGGAGUUAUGUUGAUAUUUUCCAUUCUUGGCUCAGUUAUUAACUUUUUCCUUGCUUUGUAUGUUUCUGCAAUUUUCCCUGGAAAAUACGGCGUUGCAAAACAUCCACUUUUCUUUUUAAAGUUUUUCACAUUGAAAAAAUAUUCUUCUACGGUGAAAAUUGACAAUGUAAAUUAUAAUGAGCAAAAUACACUUUUCGAGCCAGUUUCAAAAGAUGUUUAUGUUUCUGGAAUUCAAAUUCGCAACUUGAAGAAAACAUAUAUCACAAAUUGGAUUAGUCAAUCUAAAAAACACGCUCUUAAUGGAAUAUCCAUUGAUUUUUAUGAAGGUGAAAUAACAACUUUACUCGGUCAUAAUGGAGCGGGGAAAACAACAAUGAUGUCAAUUCUAACAGGUUUAUUAAGUCCGACUGAGGGAACAGUUUUCAUAGGUGGAAAAAAUAUCGAUAAAGAGAUGAAUAAAAUUGUCACUGAUUUAGGAUUAUGUCCACAGGAAGAUAUUCUCUUUCCUGACUUGAAUGUCUUUGAACAAUUGCAAUUUUUCUGUAUGUUGAAGAAUAAAAACAAGUCGAAGACUCAGAUAAAACUUGAAGUUGAUAGUCUACUGCAGAGAUUGAAGAUUUUUGACAAGAGAAAUGAAUUGCCUCCCAAACUUUCGGGCGGACAAAAGAGAAGAGUUUGUCUUGGAAUGUCGAUAAUUGGUGAUGCUUCGACGUUAAUUUUGGAUGAACCGACAUCAGGAAUGGAUCCCGAGUCAAGAAGAGAAGUUUGGGAUAUCUUAUUGAAAAUGAGAGGAGAGAAAACGAUUUUGAUAAGCACGCACAAUAUGGAAGAGGCGGAUAUUCUUGGCGAUAGAACUGCUAUAAUUGAAUUGGGAAAAUUAAAAAGCUUUGGCACACCUUUGUUCCUGAAAAAAUAUUACGGCGAAGGCAACAUGGAAAUAACAUUAUCUACCGAAGAAGUAUGCGACAUUGAUGGGAUAAAAAAUCAACUACCGGAAGAGAGUCGAUUAAUUAAUUCCGAUGCUGGGAAAAUGGUUUUCAGUGUUCCUUUCACUGAUCGAUUACCCGAAGAUUUGGACAGAAUUGAAGAAGAAAAAGAGGAUCUUGGAGUUAAUGGAAUCAGUGUUUCGCUUAUAACUUUGGAACAAGUUUUCCUUCGGGCGACAAAAGAAGACAAUGAUGAUAUAGAUGACAACAAUUUUUGUAUAGAAAAAAUUGACAAUGUUAAAGGAUUUCAGCGUUUUUGGCAAUCAUUCAUUGCACUUAUUCUGAAAAAAUGUACAUUCGUGAGGAAAAAUUUAAUCACACAUUUCUUCAUGAUUAUCAUUCCCGUCAUCAGUAUUUUCGCACUUGGAGCAACAUUCACUGAUUUUGACGAUAUAGAGGAAGUCUCUUUCCGACUUGAUAAGCAUAACAAUCCCCAAGUGUUCUACUCUUCGAAUGAUAACGAUUAUGGACAAAAAUAUAAGAUGAUAAUUGAAAAUUUGGACGGGGUAGCAACCAGUAUAACUGGCAACAUCAGCGAAGCGAUGAUGAAGUUUGGCAAAGAAGAUUACACGACAUAUCGUAAUAAUUUAAUUGGCGGAGCAGAAUUCAAUAUUGAUAAUUCAAUGGACAAAAAAGUGAAUGUUUUAUAUUCAGAACAUAUGGAAUUCAGUGUACCAAUAGCAGUUAAUUUAGCUUCCAAUACAAUUCUCAAAAAAUUAGCUGGAAAUGAGUAUCAAAUUGAUGUAUCAAGACAAAAACUUCCAUUUGGAAAGUCAUUCCUUUAUAAUAAAUAUACCGAUUUAGUUCUUAAUUAUGUCAGAGCAUUUUUGCUGGUUUUAUGUCUGUCGCCGACUUUUGCACUCUACGUGAUUCAACCAUUAAAAGAAUCAAUCGCAGGAUUAAAGGAACUUCAAAGAAUGACCGGAGUAACGAGCUAUUUGUAUUGGGGAAGUUUUUAUCUAUUUGAUCUUCUUUUCUUCUUAAUCACAAUUGUUAUUUACAUGAUUGGACUUUACAUACUGGAUUUCGAUCGCGAUCUACAAUUGUUUCACGGAACCGAAUUCAGUAUAAUGUUUCUCUUACUGAUGUUAUUCGCUCUGAAUAUGUUGCCGUUUGUUUAUAUGUUUAGUUUUUGGAAAAAGAAAACGAACAUUAUUGUAAGCGUUUUGACACUUUUGCCUGGAUUAUUGAUUACAUUAGAAGGAAUAAUUUAUAUAAUUAUGUUAUCAAUUAAUAACUCUGUCAAAGCUGCAGAGCAACGAUUGAUUGAGAAAAAGUUUUUUAUGCUUAUACCAUCAGUAAGCUUCUUUUAUGGACAGCAUUCCUUUUUCGAGACUGCGAAACGAAAUGCUGAUUGUCGAAAAAUUCCAAAAUUCUUGUUAGACAAUGUAUGUUCAUCUCCUGAAGGACACGAGUGUUGUGAUCUCAACUGUACGGGAGGACAGUGUGAAAAAUAUUUCGAAUUUUUCAGCAAUUUCAAAAAUUCUGACAGCUUAGAAGAAAGUAUAUUGUACUUGUGUUUGACUCCGUUUAUUUAUAUCAUAAUUAUUGGCAUAUUGGAACAUAAAUUAAUUCCAAGAUUAUUUAUAAAGAUCAAAAACAUAGUCCCAACUGGAGCACCUCAGAGAGUAGACGAUCAAGUAAAAUCGGAGAAGAUUUUUGUCGCUUCUGAGAUCAAUAAAUUCAGUAAGCAUGAAGAGUCUGUAGAAUCGCAAAAAAGUCAUUCUAGAAAUAAUUGGGUUGCAAAGAAGAGCGACGAUAAUAAUUCAAUUUAUUUGGCUUACGAAUUGAGUAAAUACUACGGAAGUCUUGCUGCGGUGAAGGAAAUUAGUUUCAGUGUGAAGAAGAAAGAAUGUUUUGGAUUAUUGGGUGUUAAUGGCGCAGGAAAAAGUACAACAUUUCGAUUACUCACUGGAGAAGAGUUUCCGAAUACUGGUAUUAUGUAUUUGAAUGGAAAAGAAAUUUCCAAAAACAGACAAGAGUAUUUGAAACAAAUGGGAUACUGUCCGCAAAAUUCUGCUCUACUUAAAUCGCUAAAUUCUAAAGAUCAUCUAAAAUUAUUUGCAUUACUUCGAGGCGUACCAAGAGAUCAAGUAAAAAGUGAAGUUGACAAAUGGAUAAAAAGAUUGAAAUUGAAUCUUUGCGCAAAUCAACCCAGCGGAACUUAUAGCGGUGGAAAUAAGCGUCGAUUAAGUAUCGCAAUUGCUUUAAUUGGAAAUCCUAAUCUUGUUUUAAUGGACGAACCAACAACGGGAGUUGAUCCUGCAGCGCGAAGAUACAUGUGGCACGUGAUUAAAUCCUGUCAAUUAGAUGGACAAUCAAUUAUUCUCACUUCACACAGCAUGGAAGAGUGUGAAGCUCUUUGCAAUCGUCUGGUAAUAAUGGUGAACGGUCACUUUGUUUGCAUCGGUCCAAGUGAACAAUUGAAACAGAAAUUCGGAGCUGGUUUCGAUAUUAAUAUAAAAUUGAAUCCUGAAAGGACCAAUGAGGACGUGCUAAAUAUCAAGAGGGAUAUUGAGAAAUCUUUGGAGUGUGAACAUCGAGAUGAACACGUUGGCUACUUAACAUAUCAUAUUACCAACUCGAGAACAAAAUGGAAAAAAAUGUACAGCGUGAUGCAACAUUUGAAAGAAAAGUACAAUUGUAUUGAAGAUUUUUCAAUACUUUCCGCUACACUAGAGCAAUUAUUUUUGCAAUUUGCCAGAGCUGAUUCUAAACCAUUGCCAGUUCCAGUGUAAAUGGUUGCGUGUGAUUUAGAAUUAUUUUCUUUAUUUAUUAACUAAAGAAUAACUAUUUUUAAAAGUCAGAAAA